AUGGGAAACAGCAGCUCAUUGAUGUUAAGAGAUGAAGAAAUCGAAGAAAUCAUGAAUGAAACGGAAUUCAACAGAAACCAAAUUGUUCGACUCUACAGCAGAUUUUUAUCGUUAGAUAAAAAAGGACAAGGAUACCUCUCUCGAGAUGACUUUCUAAAUGUUCCCGAGUUGGCGGUGAACCCACUUGGCGAUCGAAUCGUUGACGCAUUCUUCACAUUGGCCUCGUCAAACGGUGAUAACGAAGAACAGCAAUUGAAUUUCCGUCAGUUUGUCAGAAUUCUCGCCCACUUUCAACCGAUUUCCCGAGUGAAAAAGAAUGCAUUGAACUCGCGAAAAGACAAAUUAUUGUUCGCCUUCAAAAUGUACGACCUGAACAAGAACGACUAUAUCACUCGUGAAGAAUUUAAAGUGAUUUUGAACAGUAUGGUUGGCGCAAAUAUAACAUCUGAUCAAUUGGAUAAAAUUGCUGACCGAACAAUCGAAGAAGCUGAUGCAGAUCGUGAUGGCAAGAUUUCAUUUGAAGAAUUCUGUAGAGCAAUGGAAAAAACGGACAUUGAAGAGAAAAUGUCUAUUCGAUUCCUCAAUUAA